AUGUCUCUCCUUAAUGAUGGAAAAGGUGAGGCUUCUCAAACUUGUCCUACUGAGCAAUCUAUAAUUCAAGCCUGGGAACGUCAACAGGAUGUUCACUUAACUAAUCCUCAUUUGGAUAUGUUAGAUGCUUGGUCUUCAGAUGGUGGUAGUAUUUCUUCAUCUUCCUCUUACCUUUCUGAUGAUCACUGUAUGGAACCCGAGAAUCUUACUUUAUCCUCUAUACCUUUAUGUGAACCAACAGAAGAAAAACAUCUUAAUUCUAUUAAAGAUACGCACAAGUUUUCACAUCCUCAAAAGUAUCCGCUUCAUUACCUGAAAUCUGCUGGUGUUUACACUGGUAAGGAAGUUAUCGACCUGGCUAUCGAUCGUUGGGAGUCGUAUAAGAACCUAUGUCAUCAAGCUCUAUACGUUUUGAGACAACAACUUGUUGAUGCCUAUGUUCCUUAUGCCAUAGAGGAGAGUAAAGCUAGUUCAACCAAAUCAGUAUUAAAUAAAGCAAAUACAGUAUCUACUUUACCAGGUCGUAGUCAACUUAGACAACGUGCUGCUCAGAAAAUGUUGCGUCACUCUGUUAAGACUGCGAAUCAGAGACAUUUAGCCUGUGUAUCUAAAUUUGCUAUAGUUAGUAAUCGUAUAGCAAAAUGGCGUAGGCCACCUAGUGCAAGUCAGCAAUGUCGUUUUCGUGAUCCUACAACAACAACGUGGGAAAAACAUUGUACAAAUGCAUGUGUCCCUCUGUUACCUGUAUGCUCUUAUCAUUUAGUUCAAAUGAGACCUGCACCAGACUACGAUAAAAAUUCAUCAAAUGAACAAAAACUAUCAAUUGAUGAGUCGAAUUCAAAUGGCUACAGUGAACAUGUUAAUGUUAAAUCUGAAAAUCCAAUAAUCGAAUGUCAUGUCAAUAGUGAUAAUACUACAGUUGAUGUCAAAUCAUCAAAUAUUUCACCUAAUACAACCAUUUCAAAUAGUCAUAAUUGUAAUCCAUCAUUAUACAAUGAAUUUUCCACAUCAAAUUUUAAUAAAUCAAUGAAAUUCGAUGAUCAUAUCACUAAAUCACAUUCUUCACGUUUAAACCGUAGUAGCAAAGGACAUUCCGAUCAGCCCUGUGUAAGUAAUCCUAUUUCUCCAACUUUGCAGAUUUCACCACAAUAUUUAUUUCGUCGUUGUGGUGGUGGGUCAUCUCAAAAUUGUUCAGAACCGGUCAUUGCAUGGAAUCCUUUCAUUCGUUGUAUGUAUCAUUCUACCAUUACAUCAGUUUGUACCAGUACAAAUUCUCUUACGGAUGUAAAAACUUCCGCAAAAGAUGUAUCAUCAUAA